AUGGGCAGAACAAUCCAGAAAGUGGCGCUCACGGGAGCAACGGGCAACGUCGGAGCCCCAAUUCUCAAGAAUCUACUUCGUAACAACUUCCAGGUGACUGUCUUGACUCGAAGUGCAGAUCACGCUUUUCCCAAUGGAGUCAAUGUCCAUGUCGUGGACUACUCUUCGUCUGCAUCCCUCGAGUCAGCUCUGCGUGGCUGCGAUGCGUGCGUCGAUGCGAACCUUACUCAGGAUGACACCCCCAUCCGCCUCAUGAACGCCGCUGCUGCUGUGGGGGUGUAUCGUUAUAUCCCAUCCGACUACAGCCUCGACCCAUUCAACCCUAAGCUCAACGCAUUGCCUGUGUUCGCGAUGAAGGAUGCACGCGACCGCCAUUUGUUCAAAGUUUGUGAACAGUCCAGCGGCUCGAUGACGUGGUCCAUUGUUUGCAACGGGCCGUUCCUGGACUGGAACUUGCGCACUGGCUUCAAGGGUAUCGAUCUUUACAACAAGAAAGCCACAAUUAUGGGCACGGGGACCAACAAGCACCCCUGGACGAUGCUGGACGAUGUGGGCAAGGCAGUCGCCGGUAUCCUACUGAAGCCGGUGGAAACCGAGAACCGGCCCGUAUUUGUUUACUCUGUCGUUAAGAGCGACGAGGAAAUGUUGAAGCUUGCGCAAGAAGCGCUAGGCUCGGACGCAUGGGUCGUCAAGACGGUGGAUCCCCAGGCCACUUUUGAUAAGGCAGUCGCAGAUUUGAAGGCGGGCAUAAUCAAUAUGCAGGUGUUCGGAGACAUGAUCAGGUUUUCUAACACGCAGCCCGACAUGGCGCACCCUUGGCAUAGUCCAGAUAACGAGCUGUUGGGUGUCCAGGAGAUGAGUGAUGAUGAGGUCCAAGUUAUUAUCAAGAGUAUUGUGGAGAAGAAAUUGUUCAAGAGGGCUGGGGAGCUUUGA